UUAAAAAUCCAAGAAAAAACAAUAAUGUCUUCCACUCUUCCGAAAACAUGCCUCUAAAUGUUUAAAUGGCUGAUUAAAUCGCUAAAGAUGAAUUUUCGUAUGGCUAUUUCACGGCCUUUUUGAAUGCUUGCAGUCUUAAGUAUUUUAAGAUUUAUAAUUUAUAACUUCAUCAUAUUCAGUUGAAUUCGAAGAUGAAAAUACACCCACUACACAUACGUUAUAUUUAUCCGUAUAAUAUAUACUGUGUGUGUAUGUGUAAAAGAAACUAAGUCAAAGAACAAGAGCUUCUAGAAUAAAUUUGAGAGAUAAAUAAUCGGCGUAGACAUGGAAAUAAAUGUACUUUGAAAUGAAGUCAAAACUUAUAUGGCAACGAGUCAUAACCGUAUCUAUAAAUGUACUUCUCGGUACCGACGUUUUUCCUCACGGCACACGCAUUUCAUACUCAUCAUAUUACAUCCUCGAUUAAUUUCUUAGAAACUUCUUCAACCUGCAGAAUUUCUACAAUUCAUUAAACAAAAAACGUUUUAUUGAAACGGAAAACUACGUACGGAGUGACAAAGUUUCUUUAAUUGUUAUCACUAAACUGGUGCAAUGAUGGAAUUGCAUGGUUGGCAAAAAACUAUGAAAACACAUUGUACUAUAUAUCCUGCCGUUCUAUGAUUUAAUAAUACUCAAUGUUCAUCAUUUUCUCACAGAAAGUUAUAUUAUCAUUUCUUGUUUGAAGUAUCUUACUGAGGCCAUGCAAGUUCCAAAAAUUCUCCUGUUUUUUUUACUCAGUUCUGUCAUAAGAAAGUCAAGAAUUUGGAUUACCUUUUCUCAUAUAAGUUGACUUAUUCAAACCACUAUCUAUGAAUAAGCAAAUUAUCCAAAUUUAAGAAGUACAUCAGAAAUUAAGUGAUAACGUUUGAUUGGCUACAGAAGGGAACAUUUCAACCCAAGUCACGACAAAUGAAGUAACUAUAUAAUUGCUAUAUAUUAAUUCAAAUAUAUAAAGUGCUAUGCAAUUGGACAAAUUUUACGCAAGUUUUUCUUUUGUAUAAUGAUUUAAAAACUGAGACAGCUUUUCACCUUUCAAAUAAACAAGUAAUUGUUAGAAAACUAAUCCAAAAGCAAAAAACACAAAAACCCUAGUAAGAAAAAUAUAAUUGCUAAGGGUUGAAUUUGAAAUAUGAAAAUUAAAACACGGAGACGACUUUAUAUAUAUAAUAAUAUUUACUUUUUAGUUAGAAUAAUCACUAAUUAAUACCUUCCUUUUUCUUGUCUUUAUAAACCAUCUCUUCUAAGCAUUAGAUCAUUUCAUCUUCAUCAAACAUAAUAACACUUUGGAAGAAUAAGUACAACAGCAAGAAGAAGAAAAGACAAAAGGAUUUGUAAGAAAAUGGGAAGAGCUCCAUGCUGCGACAAGGCAAACGUGAAGAAAGGGCCGUGGUCGCCUGAAGAAGAUGUGAAGCUCAAGGAUUAUAUCGACAAAUAUGGCACUGGUGGCAACUGGAUCGCACUGCCUCAGAAAACUGGGUUGAAGAGAUGUGGUAAGAGUUGCAGACUGAGAUGGCUUAAUUACUUAAGACCAAACAUCAAACAUGGUGGCUUUUCUGAGGAAGAAGAUAGUAUCAUCUUAAAUCUUUACAUCAGCAUUGGAAGCAGGUGGUCUAUAAUUGCAGCUCAGCUUCCUGGAAGGACAGACAAUGAUAUCAAGAAUUACUGGAACACCAAACUGAAGAAAAAGCUGCUCGGAAGACAGAAACAAAUGAAUCGUCAAGACUCCAUCACCCAUUCGAAUGAAAACAAUAUCAGCAACAACAACAACAACAACAAGAGUCCUCAAAAUCUGAGUAACUCGGCUCUAGAGAGGCUUCAACUUCACAUGCAGCUUCAGAACUUACAAAGCCCCUUCUUUAGUUUCUACAACAACCCUAUCUUGUGGCCCAAGCUUCAUCCAUUGCUGCAGACUACUCCGGAUCAAAACUCUAAGCUAGCAUCCCUAGAAACCCUCCACCCUCUAGGAGUUAACUUUGUUCAUCAGAAGAGUCAUAUCAAUCUAGCUGAGAUCAGCAAUGGAGCAUCUCCUAUCUAUUCAGACAACGUAGAGCAAGCCCUCAACCCUGCUAAUGAAUUUCAACCUAAUUUCGGUUUUUCGCAGGACCUUCAAUUAGAUAAUCAUAACAUGGACCUUAUGAACAGAUCAUCUGGUUCUAAAGAAUGGUUUCAAGUGGGCAACGAGUUUGGGCCAACGAACGAUUCGAGCUGGUGGUCGGAAGAAGUGGAGCUAGAGAGGAAAACAAUGUCGUCGAUUUCUUGGGGAUCAGCUUCUGUUCUUGAUCAGACGACUGAAGGAGUGGAUAUACUUCAAGACUACGCUCAGAUGAGCUACCACAGUGUUUAAUCAUUUUUAUUUAUCAUGCAUAUGUACAUGCAUGUAUAAGUAUAGGGCUGGAUUAUUGAUGAAUAUGUAUUAUUACAGUCAUAAGCUUAUUGUAGCAUGUCGAGGGUGAAAGGUUUUUUUUCAUUUUCUUUUUAAAUGUAACGAGUUGUGGAUAAUAAUAAUAAUAAUAAUAAUGUAAAUCAUUAGUUUUACUUGCUUUUCUUAUUGAAUGACCUGAAAACUUACAUGGAUUAGUUUUACUUGCUUUUCUUAUUGAAUGACCUGAAAACUUACAUGGAUUUAAAAGUAAUUACUGACCCAAUUUACGAUGAGAUGUUAACAUCUUUCAUAGUUUUUACUGAUUUUUGUAAUCUAAUAGAUUUUACUCGUAGGAUUCAUACAAACGACUCUCCAAAGCAGGUUCUAAGUAAAUGUCAAUCCAGGAAAAACCCUAGCGGUCAAGGGAAAAAGAGAGAGAUUUUUUUUUUAGUUUCAAGCUGAUGGUCGGAGGAUUCUAUAACUCCGACAUCGGCUUGUUUAAUUCGCUUUGCUUCUUUUUUCUUUGAUUUGUUUUACUUUCUAUCAUUUGGUUUGUUUGAUUGUCAAUUUAUUUUAAAUCUGGCAAAAAAUUUUAUUGUUCCUUUGUAUGUUUCUUCCUAUGGAUUUGGUAAGACAAAAACUUCGGUUCAGUUGAACCGUUUAGAAAAGAUAAUUGAAAUAUCUAUUGCGGAUGGUGCCGACGGAUCUUACCGGCUUCAAUCGUUGAUGGUUCUUCAUUUGAUGGUGACAGAGUUCUUAUUGCAAACUAUGCUUACUUAAAAAUUUUGGUAAUCCACACGUAAGAUAGAUUUAUGUUAGUUUACUUUGGAUUCAUACUAGUGUAUCAUUUUUCUAUACUUAUUUUGCUAGUUCUCGUUGAUUGUUUAGAAUUCUUUACCUAGAAAGCUUAGUAAUACAAUAGACAAAAAAAAAAAAAUUACUUGUAUGUUAUAACUAGCGGUAUCUACUCGGAACAAACUAGCCCGAAAAAGUGAUAUUUCUUAUAAUAAUAACGAAUGAGUGAAUGAAUGGAAUUGGAUCGUCAACGGGGGAAUAAGAUUUAGUGUUUUUCUCUCAAGAUUUUUAUGUAUACUUUUGGGCUUUUCGGCCAGAAAUAAUAGAUAUGUGGUUAAUAAUAAUUAAACCAGGAAACAAUGGGCCUGUCCGGUUUUCAGUUAUAAAGGGCCAGGCCAUAUAAAGAUCCCACUAGUUGCUGAGAGUGACAUGGCCUAACCGUAUGACAAGGAGGAACUUAAAAUUAAUUUACUCAACUAGAAGUAAAAUACUAUUAUACAUUUGACCAUAUAUAACUAAGUUUUUUGUAUAUAAAAAGGCCAUAGGAGCAUUAGUUAAAAUGUCUUUUCAGGGAACAUUCUUAGGCCGGCUACAUUGCUGUAUUAUCUCGCAUCUAUUAUCCGUUACUUGCUAACUAAUAUAUUAAGAUCAAUUUAAAACUAGUAUACUUGAUCAAUUCUAUCCAAAAUUAAAAAAAUCAUGGACAAUCACCUUUUCCUUAUGCCACUUGGUUUUAAGAAAUCAGUAAAAAUCAGUCCAUGCGAUUGAUCGACAUAUUUUCAUUGCAUAUUUAAGAUUAGAAUUUAAUUCCAUCCGAACAUACUAUCACAUAUGAGAGAUAGCGAAGAAAACUAGUUUAGUUUUAUUUUGCAAAGAACAAAACAUAACUCUAUAUUUAAAAUGAAAGAUUCUUUCAAAAAAGUUUAAAAUGAACUUUAAAAAAAU